CGACUGAAACUCGCCAUACAUUAUUCUCCGCAAGAUGUGGCGACUUCCGUGCUUGAACGCACAAGUGGGAAAAUUUGGGAAUUCCAAAACUUUUGGGCAUUGUUCGUAGCAAACGUCCACAACCAACCAUUGACGAAGCUACACAAGUUCAACUACUUAUUAAAUGCGCUACGCGGAGAAGCUCGCGAAACAGUGCGCCGCUACCCAGUUACAGAAGACAACCACGACCAUGCUGUUCGCCUUUUAUGCGCUAAAUACGGCGAUGACACUAAGUUCAUCGCUUGUCUACAGUCUCGCUUGGAAAACGCGGAAGCAGAAAAAUUAACGAUCCCAGCACAGCGGCGCCUCCUAGAAUUUCUCAUCCCAAUAGUGACACAGCCGAUGGAGAAGGGUGUACCUCUAGAUGGAUCGUUUCUCGUACAAAAAAUACUUUCAAAGUUCUCGGUAGAUCUCCAGAGGAAAGUUCUCCGUCUGAGAAUGAAUCCAUGCCUAGGUGAAAGCGCUUGGUUUAUGCAAGACACCUUAGCCGAUCUCGACGAAAUCAUAUCAAUGGAAAAAAAA